AUGAAUGUUGGUGGUUUAGCAACUGUUCAGCCGAUACAACAAAAUUCCUCAAUUAAACAACAACAAACUGCAACGCCUGAGCAAGUCAAAAUAAUGACUUGUGACGGUGAUACAAUGAGUGCGGCAUCACUGGAGUUGCGAUCACGAUUCACGGGCUCGAUCGAAAAAAUGAAAAUAAUCUCUGAAAGAGCCAAAAAACGACAAGAAAAUGCGAGACCAGCGAUCAUUAAACGUGAAAGAGAAGAUCAACAAAAGUAUCAUCGAAGGUAUGAAACGUUCCAUUAUUGUUGUAAUAUAAUAUCGCUGAUAGGAUUAUCAUCUCAUUCAGUGCUCACUAUUCAUAUUAACUUUUAA